UACAGAUAGCAGCAGAGAGAGAGAGAGAGAGAGAGAGAGAGAGACUGGGGAAUUGAAUAAAGUGCUGUUAAAUUGGGACCAGGUUACAUAGAGAAAGUCAUUUUAGGAAGAUGUUACUAUAACUUUUGGGAUUUAAUUUUAUCCAUAGCUGUGAUUUUUUUUGUUGCUUUUUUGGUAUUCUUCAAUUUAUAUUCUCAGUGCUUCCCAACCUGAAAGUUUGAUUUUUAGAGAGUGUGUGUGAGUGUGUGUGUUUUAUGUAUGUGUGUGUGUGAUACAGUAUAGUAAGCUAUGGAACUGGAGCGUUUAGGAGGCGGUGGGGUUAAACCCGAGAGGGGCAACAGUCGUCUCUACAGGAUAGCACUGGCCAUGUGUGUGUGUGUCUGUGCUGCUCUGCUGCUUGCACUCAUACUGGUCUCACAGAAAUCUAGUCAGGAGGAGUUCUGUGUGACUCCAGAAUGCAUUGAAGCAGCGGGGUCUGUUCUGAGUAAAAUGGAUCGGUCCGUUAACCCCUGCGAGGACUUCUAUAGUUUCUCCUGUGGCGGUUGGUUUAAGGAUAACCCGAUCCCUGAAGAUUCCUCCUCGUAUGGCAUCUACCCCUGGCUGCGGCAGCAUGUAGACAUCCGACUCAAAGAGUUACUACAAGCUCCUUCAGGCCCUGAUGAACUGGAGGCUGUCACCAAGGCAAAGAUCCUCUACCGCUCCUGUAUGAAUGAGACUAUACUGGAGCAGUUGGACACCAAACCGAUGCUGAAAACUCUUAAAAAGCUUGAGUUUCGGUGGCCUGUGGUGGGGGAUGGGCUCGGCGGGGACUACCAGUGGUCAGUGGAGCAGUGGAGCCUCCGGAAGACACUGGCAGAGAUGAGGAACCAGCAAAGUAAGAGCGUCCUGAUUCGCCUGUACGUCUCCCCAGAUGACAAAAACUCCUCGCAAUACGUCAUCAAGCUCGAUCAGGCGUCCUUGUCUCUGCCCUCCAGGGAAGACUACACCACCAACACUUCCUCUGCUCGGGUGUAUCGUGCAGCCUUGCUGAGUUUGAUGGUAGAUACAGCCGUCAUGCUGGGCGCUCCAGAGAAAGCAGCACUGACCCAGAUGGAAGAGGCUCUCGCCUUCGAGACCAAACUGGCUCAUAUCCUGAUUCCCUAUGAAAACCGCACCAGUGAAAACAUGUACAACAGAAUGUCCCUCUCUCGUCUGCAGCGCACCAUACCACAGUUUGACUGGAUGGGUUAUGUUAAAGCUGUGGUGGAGUCGAAAGUUGAGCCGGUUCGGUCCAUCUCCUCCUCUGAACCCGUCAUCGUCCGAGCGCAGCAAUACUUCAAGGAACUUGUCAAGCUCAUUAACGCCACAGAUCCCAAGACUGUAGCUAACUACGUACAAUGGAGGACAGUGUUCUCCAGGAUCACCACUCUGAGCCGUCGUUUCCUGUACAGAUACCUGGACUAUGCUCGGGUAACCACGGGAACCACGUCUCUGACCCCGCGCUGGGAUAAGUGUGUUAACUACGUGGAGAACUCGCUUGUUUAUGCCACCGGGCGCCUCUUUGUCAACACACACUUCCAGGAGGACAAGAAACACAUGAUGGAGGAGCUGAUCGGGGGCGUUCGCUGGGCGUUCAUCGACAUGCUGGAGAAGGAGAAUGACUGGAUGGAUCAAACAACGAAGACGAGAGCCGUAGAGAAGGCUCAUGCAGUCCUGGCUAAAGUUGGAUACCCCGAGUUUAUUCUGAACGACACCUACCUCAAUGAAGAUUUAAAGCAGCUAAGGUUCAGUGAGAAGGACUACUACGGGAAUGUGAUGCAGACGUUGAGGUUCAUCUCCCAGUUGGAUAUCGCCUGGCUCCGAAAGAGCGUCCCACGUACAGAGUGGUUUACAAACCCGACGACUGUGAACGCCUUCUACAGUUCCUCCACAAAUCAAAUCAGAUUUCCUGCUGGAGAGCUUCAAAAACCCUUCUUUUGGGGAAGAGAGUAUCCAAGAUCUUUAAGUUACGGUGCCAUCGGGGUGAUAGUAGGACACGAGUUAACACACGGCUUCGACAAUAACGGUCGCAAGUACGACAAAAACGGCAACCUCCACCAUUGGUGGACCAACUCGUCUGAAACGGCCUUCAGUGAGAAGACCCAGUGUAUGAUUGAGCAGUAUAAUGGCUACCACUGGGAGGAGGCAGGCCUAAACGUGCGAGGCAAGAGGACUCUGGCGGAAAACAUAGCAGACAAUGGAGGAUUAAGAGAGUCUUUUAGGGCGUACAGGCGGUGGGUAGAUGAGAGCAGAGGUGGUGUGGAGGAGCCUCUGCUGCCUGGAGUCGGACUGAACAACAACCAACUGUUCUUCCUGAGUUAUGCACACGUGAGAUGUAACAAAUACAGACCAGAAGCAGCCAGGGACCAGGUCCAGAGUGGAGCUCACAGUCCACCAAAAUACAGAGUUAUCGGCGCGAUGAGCAACUAUGAAGAGUUUCGGAAAGCGUUCAGCUGCCCCGAGUCGUCUGCUAUGAACCGAGGUGCACAGUCCUGCCGGGUGUGGUGACCUUUGACCUCAGCGUGACCCUGAACCAGGCCAGGGCUGUCAGCAGGACGUCUGUUGAGAAGGCUGAUGAUGCUGGACUUUAGCCAACAUGGUUUACAUGAUGUGGGAUCAAUGCAAAAAUCAGCUCUUCUCACAGAAAACAAUACACUCAUGUUAGGAUAAGAGUGGAAAAUGUUGAAGCCAUUUUUAACGGGCUACUGUUUAUUGUUACGACAACAAAUCUGUAACUUUUUCCACAGGUAUAUUUACUGCACAUGUUGCAGUUACUGUAUAAAUUAUGACUGAAGCCAUUUGUUAAGGACCAUAGUUUACAACAGCCGUAAGUGUGACUUGAAGCUAGAACCUUUCUCAUGGGAAUAAAUAAAUGUAUAUAUUAAAGUAAAUGUACAAUGAAUAGAUUUUUUUUUUUUUUUUACAGGAAUCUAUAUUUCAAACGCAACUGUGACAAGCAGAAAUAUAUCAGGUCAAUAUCUGUAUGUAUUCAUCAGAAGCAAUGAAUUCCCCAAGAUUAAUUUAUGUUUAAAUAUGAGCAAAACAAAAAGCAAAAUAAAAUUUUUGAAAGUUA